AACUCAGCUGAUCGUUGUAAACACGAGGCUGUGAAAAGCUCUUCUUCAGGGGAGAUCGACAUUAGUCUAAAACCGUAUGACAAGAAAGAAGAAGAAAAAUGUUAGACCUUUAAAAACGAAAACAAGAAAAAUAAGAACUUAAUUUAGUCAUCAAUAUGGUUUCUAUUAAAAAUGUAUUGUUGACAACUCAGAUAACCGCUUUAGAGGUGAAAUUAGAUUAUGUAUUCUUGGGUGAGGGACAAUACUUACAUAUUCACCAUUUGAACAGUGGCAACAGACUUGCAACCCACAAAGUCUUUGAUGCUGCUGUUGUCCAUGGCAUUAAUAUAAGACCGGUGAAAAAUGAAGAGAGCAGGCACUGGGUGGUUGGUGUUUGGGGGCAGAAGAGCCUGGCUUUACUGCUAUAUAAACAUCUUCCAGGGAAUGAAAUAAAUUCACUAAUUGAAGAAAGAAGAUUUGAAGAUUGGAUUAUUGAUGCAGUCUUAGAAGAUAAUUUGUCACACAUUGUACUUGCAACUGCACACAACUCGCUAAUCAGAUACAAACUGCAGUAUUCUAAAGAUCUUGAAGAGCAAACUUAUCAGGGUACCUUUGUGGAAAGUGAGGGAAAUUGCCCAGCACAUGAAGAAAAAAAGGAUUUUGUUCAGUGGCAGAAUAAGAGUCAUUUGGGUUUUCCAGCAAAGACUGAACUUUUGACCUGGAAAAACACAAGAUGGAAGCCAGACAGAUGUGUGUUGGUAAAGGUAGACUGCACAGAGAACUGCAUUCUAUACUGUGGCCAUAUAGUGCUAAUGGCUGGAAACUGGGAGAGUGCUGUACUUUUGGCUGGUACAGUGUUCAGCCAAGUCCUGAUAUGGGGUCCUUGGGGCUGUACAGAUCCAAGGGGAAGGGUUGCACCGAUGCACUGUCUGUCAGGUCAUGAGGGUGUCUUGUUCUCGAUCAACUUUUCUGCUGCUCAGGGCCUCCUCACCACAACCUCAGAUGACAGAACUCUCAGAAUGUGGAGCAUAAUACCAAAGUACCCCUUAAGCGACACACACUCCCCUCCUUCCAUUCAGGUAUUUAACAAAGAGCAAGUGCAACGGUACUGGUUAGAUGCAGAGAUCACAGAGAAGCACAUCUGCUAUGGUCAUGGGGCAAGAGUUUGGCAGUCUCUCAUCUUGUCCUCCUGUGUGGUGAGUGUCGGAGAGGAUUCAAAGGUGUGUGUAUGGGACCAGCAAGGGAGGCUUGUUAGUUGGUGGAAGGCUCAUGAUGGCUCGUGUGUUUGGAAUGUAGCAGCAUCAGAAGAUGAGGGCCAAUUGGUUACUGGAGGAGGAGAUGGCAGCGUCAAGACAUGGAGCUUAAAUGUAACAGAUUCCCCAAAGGCAGAACCUCUCCUAAAUGGUCCAUGGUGUCUUACAGAGAAAGAAACCCCAUUAAUUGAAAAUGAACAUAGUAAAGUUACAGAUGUUUCCCCUCAGCUACUGGCAUCAGGAAAAGAUGAAGGAUACAAGUUAGAAAUGUUGAAGAAUAGUGAAGUUUUUGAAGAUUUUGAUUUUGAAGGGGCUGAGACAAUUAAGAGGUGUACUAAAAAUAAUUCUGAUCAACUGCCAAAGGCAAAUGACUUUCCACGAUGUGUUGCACUAGUUGGAGUUAACCAAUUUCUUCUAGCAAUGGACAGUGGACGCUUAUUCCAGUGGCAUUCUGAACAUGCCACUUGGACACUGGUUUGGGAUGAUCCAAGAAUGCGAAAAUAUGUCAUAAUGGACACGAGUUCAGACCAGAAAAAAAUUGCAGUGGGAAUGCUGUGUGGUGUUGUCCUUAUCUUCAGAAUAACAGGUAAUGGUAACUGGGAAAAACACUUAGAAGCCACACUCUGCCAAGGGAAAGUAUUUAGCCUUCUGUGGCUAGGUUCUGAUCGCAUCCUUGCUUGUGGGCCUGAUGGUGACAUCGUGACCUGGAGACUCCUGGAAGUCCAAGGUUCAAUGGUGAAGGAAAGGAAUCACACCCUACCUCCUUGUAAACAACGUUGGGUAUCAGCUGCCUGCAUUGCACCGUCAACAGUCCCAGGAGGUUAUGGUCUGAUCUGCGGGGAUAGAGCUGGCAGUCUACACCUGUAUCACCAGGAGGACUCAGUGCCAAGGCAGAGCAUCCGUGGGAUCCAUGGUAAGAAUGGGGUAACAAGCCUUGUCAUCCAUGAAGGUUUCAUCUACAGCUCAGGACGAGAUGGAUGUGUUCGUCAAUUAAAGCUCUUCGAUGAGGGCAUACAGGUGCUCACAGUCACAAGGGUCAGCAAUGUGACCUGGGUAGCUCAGGUCAUAUUUCUUCAAGGGAGACCUCUGGCCCUCUGCUUCCAUGAUGUCAACCUCAAAUUGUGGAACCUUGCUGAAGAUCAAGCAGUGGUGGAAGUUGAGUGCGGAGGUGGCCACCGAUCAUGGGCUCUCCAUGCAUCAAGAUCGGAGGACAAACUGGUCUUCUUCUUCGUUAAAGAUGGGAUACCUUGCAUCUUUCGCACAACAUUGGCUGACAAGCUUAUGCCAAUGAUUAAGAACCCAGUAAACACUCGUGAAACAAUGUGCCUACAAACACUUUUUCAUGUGGAAGGUAAAACGUUCUUUGCGAUGGGAGGUGAAGACACAACUUUACGUAUCCAUUCUGUCCAUGGUCUCGAGAGCCACAGAUCACUUUGUGUCGUGCGCAGUCACAUUUCUAACAUCAGGGCUCUGUGUCGCAUAGAAUGGGAAGGAGCAAGUAAUCCAGCAGGUUUGGAUAGAAGUGUUUGGCUCGUGUCUGGGGGUGGAAGGGCACAGAUGAAACUGUGGGAAGUCGCCCCCAAUUACAUUUCACAGAAGAACCUACCAAAUGCAGGUAGUGGGCAUCAGGAAAAAGUCCCAGUAGCAAGGAGCAAAGAAGAAAACACUCAUCAGCAAGAACAACAUUCACAAAAGGAUAACACUUCAGUAACAUGCAACUCAAGCAGAGAAAAGAUGCUGAGUGUUGGUUGCAGGGAGGUUACAUCCCACAUGAUUCGCACAGGAAGUAACAAGACCUGGAAGAGCCAGGAACUGACCUUUGACCCUGAAACACGUUACAUGGAUGCCAAUGCUUUCUGGAUCACUGAUAAGCUAGCAGUGAUUGUCUUAGCCUCAUCUGAUGGUGUUUUGAGGGUCUUUGUGUUCAGUCGAUGCACUGAGAAACUGAAGCUGGUGUGUGCCCGUGCAUGUGACCACUGCCUCCUGAAGGUGGUCAGAGUACCAAUCCAGACACAACACAUCCUUGCCUCUGCUGGCACUGAUGGAAGGGUUGUAUUCUGGGAUAUGAAGUCCAUUGUAAAUUGGUUAUACACGCCUAAUGUUGCAGUCGACAAUCCACCCCCUUCGCUGGAACUGCAUCAACUAGCUGUCGUCCAAAGUCAUCAAUCUGGUGUCAACAGUUUAUCAAUCAACUACCACGGCAAACCCACAGAUGUUGAGAGUUAUAGGAGUAGCUUAACUCUGGCAACUGGAGGGGAUGAUAAUAAGCUGUCUGUUUGGGAUGUGAUAAUAGACACUUCAGAGGAUGGCUUAACAAAAAUUGCUGUUGAUUUUCUCUGCUGUGCGAUUGGACAUGCUUCACAAAUUACUGGCCUGGAAUGGAUAUCGCCUAACUUGCUAGUCAGCACUUCAGUUGACCAGAGAGUUAUUGUGUGGGAGCUCUGCCACACAGACACCCCAGGAAGUGCAACAAGAACGUAUCUGAAAGCCACACGUUCAGCAUAUACUGGUGUACCCGAUGUAAAAGGUUUGACUGUGAUUCCUAUAAAUAAGAACAGUUCCAACACCAAUAAUUCUGAAACUGAUUUGCUACAGAGGCUUUUUGUGUAUGGUGUUGGAUUACAGGUUUAUGAUUUAGAUACUUCUACAGGGGAAUUAUGAUAGUUUUUUUUAUAUAUUUUUAACUGACAAAUAAAGCAUGUGAAGUGGAACUA